UUGCGCGUUCACAGAGUUGGUGAGCGCGAAGUUCGAGUAUUUCUCUUCUGUGAUUUGCUUAACCUAACUUUAUUCUCAUAGAUCUUGUAAAAAUACGAGUCCAUUUAAACAGCAAGACCGACAAACAAUAUGACAGAACCAGAAAUUAUAUCUGAUAAUAAUUCUGAAUAUGUUUUGCGUGGUGAAAGUGACUUCUUGGAUGACAUAAUUACUACUUUAAGUUCUGUCAGCAGUAGUCUUCAUGGUCUGUUUGCUGACUUUGCUACGUCUCCAGCUUUCGUCUGCCUCGAUUCAGACUUAACACGCCUACAACGGGAAACAGAAUCUCUUUGUAAAAACACAGAGUUUUUAAUCAGUUCUCAGCUUCAUGGUGCACACCAAGCUAUGGCUGACUUACAUGGUGAACUGGUGGCUCUAAGCUGCAAGUACGAAAAUCUUCAGAAUGGCUGGAAGAGCCAACAGGAAAACAUGGGUCAGAUGCAGGCUGAAUUAUUCACAGUGCGCAGUCUGGUGCAGCAGCAGAGUCAAUUCUGCGCAUCCCUGGGAGCAGUUAUGGGAAAUCUCAUUUGGAAGGCUUCUAGGCUUCCUCCCGUUAUUGACAUGCUUCUGUCUGGGAAUAAAGUUGCAGACUUCUUGGCUAUUGUUCACGGAUCACUGAUAUCGUUUAUGGAGACGUAUGACUCCUCGAUGCCAAGUCAGUAUGCCAAUGAGAGCCAGUUCAUCCUGUCCAUGUGUGGCAUUGUAACCAACAUUGCAGCUACAUCGGCUGGCAGACAGUUCCUGGUUACAAACUCGAAUGGCAGGGAGCUCCUCGAACAGUUCAACCGAAUCCUUCCUGUCAUCCCAGUGCCUUCAGGAAAUUGUCUGAAAAGGCUUCUGUUAAUGGCGCUGUACAACACCAGCAUCAACCAUGAUGGGCUCAAGUUCCUGCAGCAACAAGCAGAUCUGCUGUCAGCACUAGCCCAUGACUUGCAGACAGACACCACCUAUGAAAUGAAACUCAUGCAACUUCGACUGCUACAGUCACUCACCUGUGACAUCCCCAAUGGCACAGUUCUCCAAGACAUACUGAAAUAUGUACCACUGGAUAUGAUACAAGCAACGACCAAGUGUUCACAACCUGAGAUGAAAAAUGUGGUCCAAGAGAUACUGAACAACAUAAAGAAAGCCCAACAUGUAUAUGAAACAAAGUGCUGUCAUUCUGACUUGUGGCAGGCCAGGACAAAAUGUUCCAGAGGAUGUGGAGGAGACUCUUCUUUUGGAGGCACUGGAAUGAACAGCAAAGCUGCAAGCUGCCAGGAGUCUUCAAAUGCUCGCUUUGGACCGGGAUGUAGUAACAUAAGUUACAUGAAACACCCUGCAUAGCAAAUUACUGGUCAUGUCAUGUGCCAUACAAUCCCACUGAUACAACUGUGUAGAAAGUUACUUCGCUUAAUAAAUAUGAUGAAACCUGAA